GUCCUAUUGAGUUGUGUGGAAAACUAUUAAGUAGAAAACAGACACUUAAAAGUCAUAUAGCCUGCCAACAUGAUGUUGAAGCGGGAAACCCACCAAAAAGAUACCGGCAAUAUGAAACGGAUGAAACAAAAGUCGUCCCUAGAACUACUCAAUGGAGAAAAAAUCAAUCAUCUGAAACUGAAAGAGACAUGGAAUUUCAGAUUCCAGUUGACAUCAUACAUGGACUCCUUCCAGAUUCUGAUGAUGAAAAUGAUCAUGAGAAUGUUUAUAUGAUACAAGACAUGGAUAUUGUUGUUUCAUCAUCAGAUACUGAUACUGAUACUGAAUCAUCAUCAGAUGAAGAUGAACAGGCUUGUGCGGACACUGAAAACAUACCAGAAAAGACAGAAAGUGAUCCAUCUCUUUAUGUAAUUCCACCAACUGAGUCUAUGUACCAAAGUGAAAUAAGCAGAUCUGAACAUUUGUUGGCUACAAGUGCCUUUGCCACAAGACACAAUUUGUCAGACACAGCUCUCAGUGAUUUAUUACAACUGUUGCAGUUACAUCUUCCAGGUAAUAAUAUAGGUGAAACCAGUGGUAGAAAACUAAAAGAGUCUUGUGGCUUUAAUAAAAGUUACUUGAAAUACCACAUGUACUGUGAUAAAUGCAAGAAAUUAUUUGACACAGAAACUGAUAAUUGCAUCACACCUGGAUGUGAUGGAAUCCGGAAAGAUGUUCAGUGUAAGAACUAUUUUGUAACAAGCAAGAUAUGUUUCCAGCUCCAAGAAAUACUUGAAAGAGAAGGUGUCUGGAGAUCCAUAGAAGAAUUUAGAAACCAUGAGUCAGAACAUAUUUGUGACAUCACAAGUGGAAAUGAAUACAGAAAAUUAAAGGCACAAGGUGGAUUUCUUCAUAUGUCAUCAAAUUUAACAUUGUCAUUAUUUAUUGACGGCAUCCCUCUUUUUAAGAGCUCUUCUACAUCCCUGUGGCCAGUGUACCUGCUUAUAAACGAGAUACCACCAAAGGAGCGCUAUACUAGAAAAAACAUGGUUUUGUGGGGGGUGUGGCAAGGAGUGGGGAAACCAAAAAUGAACAUGUUUUUGAAACCACUUGUGAUUGAUUUAGUGUCUUUGUACCAGCAGGGCUUUACUUUUACUUGUCCUGAGACGAUGUUGGUUGUGACCGUGAAAGCUAUGUUGAUUAUAGCAACUAUGGAUUUGCAAGCAAGAGCUUAUGUUGUUGCAAUGACGCAACACAACGGAUUAAACGGAUGUUUAUACUGCAUGGAGCCAGGACAGGUUGUUGCAAGCGGAAAGGGUCACUGUAGGGCCUACUUGUACAGAGACCAGCCAGCAGAACAGCGUACAGAUGAGACAUUACGAGAAAAUGCAGACUCUGCAAGAAAUACAAGAGAAAGGGUAAAUGGUGUAAUAGGACUGAGCGUGUUAUGGUAUCUGCCAUAUUUUUCAUUCACCAAUAAUGUGGUAAUUGAUUAUAUGCAUGGGACAUUACUAGGUGUCUCCAGAAAAAUGUUAGAGCUCUGGUUUGAUAAGACACACUCUUCUGAACCAUUCAACAUAUCACAGAGAAUGGGAGAAGUUGACAAGGAUCUGAAAAGGAUUAAGCCCCUGUAUGUUAUCCAUAGAUUACCCCGAGUGUUAACAAACACAUACACCAAUUGGAAGGCAUCCGAAAUAAGGAAUUGGCUACUGUUUUACUCGUUGCCAUGUUUGAAAGAGCGCUUGCCGGACAUUUACCUAACACAUUUCAGCUGCCUGGUUGAAGCAGUUUACAUUCUUCUCCAAGAAGGAAUCAGUCCCCAGGAUCUUCAACGAGCUAAGUUACUUCUGCAAGCAUUUGUCAGAAACAUGCAGAUUUUGUAUGGAGAGAGAUUCAUGAGUUUGAAUGUUCAUAACCUUACCCAUAUGGUAAGAUUUGUUGAGUUGUGGGGCCCACUGUGGGCUUGGUCGUGCUUCUGCUUUGAAUCUUUUAACGGGGAGAUCAAAAAGUCUAUACAUGGGACUGGUAAUGUUUGUAAUCAGAUAUUUUGGACAUUGCAAGCACAAAAGCGUAUUGAAUCUGCAACAAGACAUUUACCAGAUGAAAGCAAAACUAAGGUGUUCAUGCAAAACAUGACUGAAAGCUCUGAAAGGUUUGGUUCAAAUGCAGAUGCCUAUCAAUGUAAAGUUGUGAAAGUGACUCCUCUGUCAGUAACAGUUUCCAACACAGUGAAGAUGCAACUGAAGGAAUAUGUAGACUCUGAUGUUGAAGAUGACUUUGUUAGUGUUUCGAAGAUUGCACGCAAUGGCUUCAUGAUGUACAGCAUGCAGUGCUCUAAAGUUAAGAAAAAAAAUUCUUACACUAUUUGUUUGAGUAAGAGGAUGCCAAAUUUUGAUCAAGUAAAUGCUGUAGAGGUAAAAAGCUUCAUUAUGGAAAAAAGAACUAGGAAAGUGUUUGCACUUGGCAGAGGUGUGGAGAACAGCGGGUCUAUCCUCCAAAGACGUGUACCACACUUGCAGAAGUUAAUUUUUCAAGGGAACAUGUAUGACAUGGUAGUUCCAGUAGAACAUCUGGGUGAACCUUUGAUGGUUAUUGAUACAGUAGGAGGUGUAUAUGGUGCCUUGCUUCCAAACAAAAUAGAAAGAGACUGAAUGCAGUAACAUGAUUUGACCAGUAAAUAAUUGACUUCUGUCUGGUAGUGAAUGUCUGUUUGUGACAUAAAUUAGAGAUCCUUGCAAUGAAACAAAUAAAAUCACCAGGAGAUUGGGACCUUACUUGUGAAACUGAAUUUACUUUAAGCAAACUUUUUUCUUCUGCAACAUCAUUAUAGCAGCCAGAAACAGUACAAUCCAUAGGGAUUAACUGAUAUAAUUGUUGUACAGAUCUUUCUACUACCAAGAAGGAUUAUCAUGCUGUGACCUGUUUCUAUAUAAAUAGUGCUACUGUUCCAAGUUGUAUAUUCUAUGUUGUUGGAAAUUGUUUGACUGGGAACUUUUUUGAGUUUAUAAAGUUUUAAAUGGACAGUGUGAAUAAUUUAAUUCAUGAAAAAUACAAUAUCAAUGAGAUGUACAUGACUUAUUUCUUAAAAUGCAUUUAUUUUAGCAGGUAUAUGUAGGAAAAGAUCUGAAUCUUAAGUAUUGUCAAGUCUAUUCCUAAGAAUUGUUUCUUAUGAUUUGAUUGCAGUGUUAACAAUGAAAAAAAUAUUUAAAUGAUCAAUAUAAGUUCUAACCUUUACCAGGGAAUUUUGACUACAUUUUUUGACUGAUUUAAAUUAAUAGUUGAUAACAUCAAAUUUUAAAAACUCAGUAAUACCUGCCUUAAUUUUUUUUUUUUAAUUUUUAAUUUUUUUUUUCUUUGCGUAUUUGAAAUCAUCAGGUCAUUGCGGUUAUUUUGAAUACUUGGACAUUAAAACUCAAAUAAAAUAUUUUGACAUU